GCCGAGCUUCAGGAGCGGAACCAAACUCCGAAAUCAAGUGCAUGGCCAGGCCGCCGCAACAGCCGGCCUCCUGCACUGCCCUGGUGGGACUAUGCUUUGGAUUCCUGCGGACCAGUGUGCACCGAGGGUAGCGACAGCUCCAAGUCAUGCAGAUAAAUGAGAUCUGAACUCUCGGACGAAGCGGAGGUAACACUGGAAGAGCUCGCCAUUGUGCUGCUGUUCAGGCAGUCAAGAAGCUGACAUUUGGCGUAGGACUCCCUUGAUGUGACACCAGGAUGUUUUUCCCUGAUAACAUGAUAGGUGCCAUGAAUGUGGAGCGACUAGCUGAAAGCGGAAGACCCCAAGUUCCUUGCGACAUGGCUGCUUCGAGUUUCCCGUUGCUGAGGUCGGCUGAGAGCAGGGAGCGGUUAGAAAAGACGGCGAGCGACUCCUCGGAGACGGAAGCAGCAGACAGAGAAAAAUCGAUGCAGAGCAAAUCAGAAGAUUGCAGUGCGGAUGAUGCGUCCAAAAAGAAGAGGCAGAGGCGGCAGAGGACUCAUUUCACCAGCCAGCAACUUCAGGAGCUGGAAGCGACCUUCCAGAGGAACCGAUACCCAGACAUGUCAAUGAGAGAAGAGAUCGCAGUUUGGACGAACCUUACAGAGGCGAGGGUUAGAGUUUGGUUUAAGAAUCGCCGUGCAAAGUGGAGGAAGAGGGAACGCAACCAGCAGGUGGAUCUGUGUAAAAAUGGAUUUAUGCCGCAGUUUAACGGCCUGAUGCAGCCUUACGAUGACAUGUACGCCGGCUACAGUUACAACAACUGGGCGGCCAAGAGCCUGGCCCCAGGCCCGCUGUCCUCCAAAAACUUCCCAUUUCUCAGCUCUAUGAACCCGCUGUCUUCUCAAUCCAUGUUCUCUGCUCCGAGCACCAUCUCCUCCAUGACAAUGCAAUCCACUAUGGUGCAUUCGGCUGUACCAGGAAUGCCAGGCUCCAGCCUCAGUAACAUUAAUAAUCUCAACAGCUCCUCUCUCAAUUCAGCCAUGUCCUCGGCCGCCUGUCCAUACGCAUCGCCGGCUCCUCCUUACGUUUACCGGGACAGUUGUAACCCUGGCCUUGCUGGUCUCAGACUGAAACCUAAACAGCACAGCAGUUUUGGAUACAGCAGUUUGCAGAAUCCGGGGUCCAGUCUUAAUGCAUGCCAAUAUGCAGUGGACAGACCUGUGUAAUAUGCAAAAUAACUGGGCGUUUCAUACAACCUCACAGAGGGAGACGUAAAAGUCCAGUAAAAAUGGAUUUCAUGCAACAUGUUAAUGGCGUAUGCGGGUUGCUACUCUCCUGGAUAUCAACCACCAUUCUGUCCAAUGUACAAAAAAACAUAUUUAAUUGCAAGAACUUGAGUGCGAUUUUUUUUUCAAAAAACAGGAAUAUUCAGUUGGGUGCUGUAGUUCGGUAUCCUUCACAGGGUUUUUAAGCUUAAGUUUACUCUUAAUACUGAACAAUCGAAAGUGGAUUUGUGUAUAUAUAGAAAUCAAUUCUAUUAUUGUUAAACGUUGCAAUACAAUGAAAAAUAUAAAGUUUUAAAAAUGUUUAAAUAAACAAAAAGGAUGCAUGUCUAUUGCUGUACCCUAGAUGAAGGAAUGAUCGAAAUUACUUCCAUUUCUAACUCCGCAGCAAGAAAAAAAAGCUACCUCUACAUUGCGAUUAUUUCGCCCAAAAAUGAAAAUAACUUGAUUUUUUUCAGAAAAAAAGCAUGCUACAAAUCGAUUGUUUUUAAACCUAGAAUUGCUUUUGAAUGAAUUGACUUUUUAUUUUCAAAAACAAGCAACGGAGAGUAUAAAUAUUAUAUACGUGUUUUCAAGGCUGAAUUAUCUUUACUGUGUUUUCACUUCUGGGCGCUGUCCAAAACGACGGUCAAUUUUUAUUUUCCUGGUGGCAUCUCGGAAGCAGGGUUGUACAGUGUAGAUUGCUGUAAUAAAAUAUGAAAACAUUUAAAAGAGAA